AUGGCUCCAAAAGGAGGAACUUUUUUCUUUUUACUUAUUGUGGCCUAUGCAGCCUUUGCUAAGCCUCCAUACAUGAUGCCUGGAAAACCCGACUUCAAGCACAUGGCCAAAAAACUGACAAACAAGAUGUGGAAUUGCACCAAUCUACCACACAUGAUCAGGCUGAUGAGGAAUUCCUCUGAGGCAUCUGCAUGUUACAUGCGAGCAUUUGUGGCCCCAAUGUCCUGGAUGACUUUGACCACACAGGAUGAAAACAACAUGGACUCAGAUGACUAUGACACACUGCUGUGGGCUGCUAAACCUGCACUGCAGGAUAUGACUUCUUCAAGUAUGAAACUUCCUACCAAAGUAGAGGGCCAAAACAUGAAAAAGAUGAUGAAGAUGCUGCAGGAGGUGCAUGAUACCAUGUCUGAGGAUCAAAGGACUCAGGUGGUAAAGUGGGCGAAAAAUCAGAUCUCUCAGAAUUACUUCAAUUGUACAAUGACGCCACCAUCUGACUCAAGAUCAAUACUUAUGGAGCGCUGCAAACCCUCACUGAAAUGGCUGAACUCCGAAGCGAUGGUCAUGAUGGGGCCUUACCUCUCCCGCUUAGCACCAGAUGAUAUUGACUCUUCACCCAAAGAAAAGCUGUGUGAUUUUUUCCGCUCAGCCCUGUUCAAAUCCACCAUGAGCAGGGCGACCAAGAUGAACCCCUGCCUGGGAAAGAAGUUUCUCCAAAGAGUUCAGGAGUGCUUCAGUGACAAGAGGGAGUUUGCGGAGCAUGUGGACAAGCUUGGCACACUGGCUUGUUAUUACUACGAUGCUCCAGACUUGACUCCUGACCUGAGCAAGAAACUCCUCUCUCAGCUUGACAACUGCGACGACCCCAGAGUCACAAAGAUGAAGAAGCGUCUUGUCAAGACUGUGAUGUCAAAUUCCAGCGCUACUCAAGCACUAUGUGAGCUUGGCAGUAGUUUCACCUUGUUGUCUGCAAAACAACUGUCCGCGAUCCCUGGCAGCGAUCUCAAAGAGGUUCUCAAAAAUCUGGGACCCAACGUCCAAUGGACACAGAGCCAGCUGCACACUCUGGUCAAGAAACAGCUGGGCGACAAGAGAGUGAGCCUGCAGGAGGUGUCAGGUGCGGAGCUGAUGGCCCUUCAGUCAGUUGCAGAAGGUUUGCCGUGCUGCGUGCUGAAGCACAUCAAAGCCCGGGAGAUCCUGGAUGAUACAGAGGCUCUGAAGAACAUCUCCAGGCGGAUGAGGAAGGGGCAGCUGAAGGCCAUGCUACAGGGGCUGCGUGAGGAAGUGGAUCCCUCAGAGCUGGUGCAGAAGUUGUCCGUCCCUUUGCUUCACAGCAUUUCUUUAAACAGCCUGAAAAAAGCAAACAUCACAUCUUUGGAACAAGUGGAGUAUAAAAUGUGGAGUCGGCCACAGGCAGCAUACCUGGCAAAAAAGAUGCAAGCCCUAAAUCAGUGUCACUAUAGGAGGCUGCGUUCAGUCCUCCAGGGCGUAACCUGUAAGAUGAUUGACAAAGUGGCUGACAGUGACACGCAGGAGCUGGCUCAGGCCAUAACCGAGAAUCCACAGUGGCUCUCCAAAGUGCAGGCAGGAUGCGCUGCCCGAAAGCUUUUCACGACUUUGGAGAAAGCGAGAGCUGACUAUUUCACAACCAUCACAAGGGAGGAGCUGGAUAAGAUUCCUACGUUCUUACUUCUUCACCUGCCGCCUGCCAAGGUGAAGGAUUUGCCUGGCUCUGUGUGUCCUGUCUUCCUUGACAAGAUGGAAGUGGCCAACCUGAGCUCAUUACCUCUGCGUGCACCAUCUCGCCCCGCGCUCCUCCAGAUGGCUCUGCACUGCCUGGCCAAUGGGGCAGAUUUCUCCAAACUGACCACUGAGGAUGUGUCGAGGCUUGGACAGCUCUUGUGUGAGCUGUCGGCUUCCCAACUGCGCCUCAUGGCCCCUGAUGUGAUCAACUCCAGCCUCCAGGCCAUGGCUUCCUGCCAGCACAUUCCUCAAGGCCACAGGGCAGGUCUAAUUCAGCUGGUCAACCAGACUUUUGGGGAUCCAUCUGAUUGGUCUGCUGAGACUAUGGAAGCACUUGGUCCGUUCCUCCUUUUGGAUGAUAAUGCCACAUCUGCUCUGCCCAAUAAGCCUUGGAUGAAGGACAUUCUCUAUUUUCUGAAGUCACGCCUGUCCCACGUCUCAGACGCCCUGAAAAAGAAAUUCUUCGAUCUCACCACCGGCAUCGCAUCAAAUGCAGCACGUAGAAAGAGAGCAAUUAACCUUAACAGUAAAGGUGAUGGUAACGGCAGCAGCACCACUGGCACUGACAGUAGCAGCGGCAGUGCCGGCGCACCCACUGUCGAGUUGAUUGAAGAAUUGGGAAUGAACAACGUCUAUUGGACAGCUGCACAGCUGGACAUGAUGUCAAAGCACACCUUCCUCGCUACUGUAGAAAUACUUGGGGCCAUCUCUGGCUACAAUGCAGACCAACUGGCCAUACUCAGUAAAAAAGCAACCGAGGCCUUCGGCCCAGUGUCACAGAUGACUGAGAGUGUGGUGAUGCAGAUGGGAUGCAUAACUCAGUGCUUCUCUGAUGCAGACCUGGAGAGGCUCCCCUUCACUCUCGAAGCUAUGGAGGAAAUUGCCCACUGUGGCUGGAAUGAGUCACAGAUGGAGCCGGUGUGGAAAGGUGUUGCUAAAUAUAACAACCUGACGGCGCAGCAUCUGGGAGCUGCAGAGAUGGUAGCACUGAACCAGUUCAUCUGUGGCCUCAACUCCAGCGAGAUCGAACAGCUCAACAAGGAAGCUUUCAAGGAGGCUGUGGGCUCAAUGGAUGGUAUUCAGUGCUCCUUUGAGGUUGCACAGCAUUUGAAAAGUCUUGCUGUGUCAGCGUUUGGAGACCCCGGCACCUGGACUGAAGCGCAAGUGUCCGACUUAGGCAACAUCAUUGCUGGGUUUGAUGCAAUUGAGUUGGCUUCUUUGGACCCAUCUGUCUUUUCAUUUCUCAGCGACACCUGCAUCCCACUCAUACCACCAGACAACUUGGCUGUGCUCUCUGUUGCUCAGCUGGAGGCCCUUGGUCCUGACAACGCUGCCAUGGUAACCACUGAACAGAGAACUGCGCUGAGCGACGAGCAAGAGGCAGCUCUUGAAAGGGCUGUGACCGGGUCUCGUGAGCAAACACCAAAAACUGGCCAUUCAGGAGCUCCAUCACUGAGUGUCGAGGGGAUCUCAUCUUUCAUGAAGCCCCUUCUGUUUCUCCUCAUGGGGUUCCUGCUGCUGUGA